CACCGGCUUGGCACGUGGGAUAAAUCAACUCCACGACGAACAAUUAAGCUAAAAAUCUGAAGCCAGUUCUUUUUCGAUUGUUCAGAAACAUAGUAUCUAAAUAUAUACGCAGCAAAAAUGGUCAACGAAGUCCCCGCUUAUGUGCUCGCGGCUCUCACAGCUGGAGGCGGCAUCACCGGAUACAUUCGCACAGGAUCGUUGCCAUCCGUUAUCGCUGGCACUGCUGUCGGUGCUCUGUACGCCCUGGGCGGCUACCGCAUUGCCACAAACCAGCAAUAUGGGCUCGAGCUGGCUCUCCUUGCCUCUUUAGUGCUUGCUGGCUCAUCCAUUCCUCGCGCUAUCAAGACCCAGAAGGGACUUCCAAUUGGGUUGAGUCUCCUUGCUCUGUACGGGCUGUUUACGUAUGGCACUGCGUAUAAGAAUAGGUUGUAGCCAGAGAAGCACCUAGGUUGAAACAUGUGUAGUCAAUUGAAGGAGUUGUUAUUC